UUUAAAGUGGUGACAUUUAACUUUUAUCUGGAUAAUUUUCUAGUAAAGUAACAGUUUUACUGAAGUAUGUAUGGUUUUCAGGUACUAUAUUCACCACAUUUUAUUAAUCAUAGAGAAGCGUUUGUUGUAUGCGUAAGUAAAUACUGUCCUCUGUGUACAAGAGUAAUAAAUCCAAGUGAAUUAUCUCAGAUCAUAAUAUAUUAUGUACAAAGAAUUUUUAAUGCAGAAAACACAGAAAUUAAGCAAACUGUACAUUUGUGCAUGAAAUAUUUUGCUAAGAUAAUGACGUUUCACCGAAAGCUUUACAUUCUUAACACUUCAGCCAGAGUAAACCACAUGGUUAAAAAAAAUCAGAAAAACACAAAAUGUAUAAUUAUUCUGAUCAAUACUGAGUAUAAUUAUUAAGAAUUCAUUACAGGAAUACAGACCACGGACAUUGGCCUAGUUCCGGAACCCGUCGCGAAUGAGGAGGAUUCGCGGAAAUUAACCACGAAAUAGAGAGAACAAAAAAUAUAUACACACAUUAAAAAUAUUUAAUAAAAACAGUAGUAUGGGUACUCACAAAUGAUGAAUUUUGAUUUAAGAUAAUGAUUAUGAAUUAGCUCUGCAGUACGGUGAAAUAUGAAAAUGACUGCAUAGGAUACACGAGGAGUUACAGCUCCUCAGAGUCUCCCUCUUCAGGUGGGGUUCGUGGGAGCGUUUGGGUUGGAAUUUCCGUUAACGUGUACUCAGUGUUACAAAAUAGUAAAUGAACUAUUAUCUAAUAUUUAUGUAACCAUUAGCGUUCCAAAGGGAAUACACUUUGCGAAUGGGAUUCGCAUGUUGUAAAGGUACAGUACAGUAUGUACAUAAAAAGGCAUGUUUCCAUAAGAAAGCCAACGUUUUUUAAUGUAUUUUUUAACUGAUACACAUUGUAUGUCUUGAACUUUCCCCAAAAACACAGUAGAAUCUUCAUUAACCAAUUUUACACUUAAAAGCAUGAAAACUUAUAAAUUACUAAAAAAAAUUAAACAUGAACACUUCUGUAGGGUUAUUCGAGGAUUUCGCAGAGAAAAUCGCAGAUACAUAUAAGUUCGGUUCCAAGGAAAUUUUCGCGGAUCUGUGAAUCACGAAGCGCGAAUGCACGAGGGCUGACUAUAAACAUCAUCCGUCCAUCUUCUAAUCAAUCUAGUACAGGAUCACUUAGAUCCGGGAGAAUAUUCUAGGCACCUUGGGGCAUAAAACAGGGGACCCCCUGGAUGUGACGCCAGUUCAUCGCUGAGCACAAACUCUAUCACACGCAAUUAUUUCAUAUAGAGAUACCAUUCACCCUAAAUUAACGCAUUUCUUUGAACUCUGGAAGGAAAUCGGACUCGAGGACGCGAUUCCAGGUGGGAGUUUGGGACUCAGGAUCCCCAACCCUGGAGAUGUGAAGCAAUCGUGCUACCCAUUAAAAGACACCAUUCAUCAAGACCUUCCAGCGAGAAGAAAUGGCAAGCAUCUCUAAAGUUUCAGGCACAAAGUCUAACUCUUCUCCUGCCCCUCCGCUCCGGUCGCCGGAAGCGGAAGCUGCGAACCAGCGAUAACAGGCUCGCUCGGCUCGGAAGGGUAGGCGGCCGCGUCUGCCGUUACUUUCCACUUUUUUCCGUAAACAAACAUGGCGGCCGCGGAUCCUCGGUCCUCGGGUGACGGCGGACCUGCCAGCAGGGGAAGCUUUCCGGCGGGGGAGAACAGCGACGAGCGCGGAGGCGCUGGGGACGGCGGCGGCGAGCGGGAGCGGGAGCGCGACCGGGCCACCUUCGAGUGCAACAUAUGCCUGGACACGGCCAGGGACGCGGUCAUCAGCCUGUGCGGACACCUGUUCUGCUGGCCAUGUCUUCACCAGUGGCUGGAGACUCGACCCAGCAGGCAGCAGUGUCCAGUGUGCAAGGCUGGCAUCAGCAGGGAUAAGGUCAUUCCCCUGUAUGGCCGGGGGAGCUCCAGCCAGGAGGAUCCCAGGUUGAAAACUCCGCCUCGACCCCAGGGCCAGAGAACCGAGCCAGAGAGCAGGGGGCCUUUUCAGGGAUUUGGAGACACAGGAUUCCACAUGUCGUUUGGAAUUGGUGCUUUUCCGUUCGGUUUCUUCACGACCAUCUUCAACACCAACGACCCAUUUCACAGAGCAGAUCCCCAGUACCCCGCCGAUCACCAUGGCAACGGUAACCCAAACAACGGCAACAAUUGGCAGGACUCUCUUUUCCUGUUUGUGGCCAUAUUCUUCUUCUUCUGGCUGCUCAGCGUAUGAGGGAGAUGUUUUUUGGUGGGGCUGGGUGUUGUGUGUGUCUCUCUCUCUGACACACACACACAAAUACACACACACACACAAAUACACACAAAUACACACACACAAGUACACAUGUACACAGACAGACGGCACAGUCCAGUAGCACUGUGCUAAAACCAGUGAGGAGUGGGAUGGGUUUGGAAUCGGUGCAUCUGGAACAGGGUUGGGGGGGAGUGCAUGGGUAGACUGGACCUGAGUAGACUGGACCUUGAUACUCUUGAUAUUUUGGGGAAACGUAAGGGGGGGUCCCUGUGUUUGGGAGACGUCUGUUGCUCUCUCCUCCAAGCUGACAGUGAAACGGGGGGGUUUUCGAAGGCACGCAGAUGCACUUUGCCUGCCCCGCUCAUCUCGGCCUCCUUUCAUCCGCCAUCAUUGUCCUUUGUCUCUCCUGCGUGAGCUUGUACAUACAUGCCCACACCCUCACACGUUAAGAAUAGGGGUGGGGGUUACUGACGUCGAGGCAAAUAGUUGACAGUAUUAAACUCGCGGUGUUUGAUUGUGCACCAUGGAUCAUCGUCAGGGGGUGGGGGGGCUCUUUUAAUAACUAGUCUGAGACAUAUAAUGCUGUGCUGCAGACCUGCACCUCUGGGUUGAUGGUAAAGCUGCAGUGUAGGGCACAGCGUAGUGUGCGGACAGCUAACCAGGCAGGCAGUUGAUUGGGGCUGCCAGACAUGCGGAUGAACUUAACUCUGUAGCACUGCGGUUUGCUUUUUCUGUUCUGUUUUUAUCCAUUAAACCUUGGAGUAAAUUUUUAUCGCCUAAACGUUUAUUCCGAUGGGAAGAGAUUUGCUUUGAAAUGGGUGGCAAGUGUUUCUGUGUAUAAGCCAAAGAAUAGCAACCCUGCAGGAUGCAAGAGUUUCACCCGGACGCGAAUCCGGCGUCGAAGGCGGAAAGGCACUGUCCUUAUUGGUACAAACUUUAGAGCUGGGAGCAGCGUGCAAACGUCAGGCAGGUGCAUAUUCCUGUGGUGAGCGGCACUGCGCUGGAUAGCAGGUACUACAGGACGGUGUGAUACAGAGUAUUGCUGAGGGUCAUGUUGUUACGGUGUUCCAGUGUUGACACAUUGCAGUGUUGUUCAGUGGUGUUAAGUAAGCAAUGUCGUGGUGGAAUAUAGUAAAAAGGUAACCGGGUAUACGGCAAGAUGAGGUACAGUCAAGUCCUGUGAGCGGAGGUCUCCAUUAACUCCAUAAAGACUCUGUUAUUAAAAGAUCAACAUUAUAAUUACAUCUCUUGAUACCAUAAUAUAUUUCUAUUGCAACGAUAAGUAUUCUGAUUCUGUGUGUGUGCAUAAUAUAUGUAUAUAUGAAUAGGGUAAGUGCUGUUUUUAAUGUGACUUCAAGUAAACAGCAUUGUAAAUAACUGGCUACAUGGGAGGAGGGACAAAACUGAGAUGGCAUCUUCUGUUGUGUGCUGCCAUGUUCCGUACGUGUAUUAAACAUGACCGUACCCAAGCAGGGAAGACACCCAGUCCAGCAGGGCAACGGAAUAGGUUACUGUGAACUACACUCUGAUUGGCCCAAUGUGGUCACAUGACCUGGCUCAGCAAGAAAUUCACGAAAGCUAAACGGCGGCGUUCUGAGCAGCAGGCGCUGUCGUGCCUGCAGACAAGGCCUCAGAAAAAGGUCCUGUGAAAUUAAAGGAUGGGGAGCAGCACAUCGCCGUGGAUGUUUGAUAUGCGUUGAACUUGAUUCUUUCUGCGUAUCACUGUCUAAUUUAAUCAGGCAUUUAUAUUUCAAGUCUCUUGUGACACUAAAUCCAGAGUAAAAUGUAAUUUUUAUGACGUCUUUUGUGACACUAAAAUACAAAAAUUGUGCAAAACUGAUCUUAAAUGAACAAAAAGGAACAAUGUGUUGUCCUGCUAAUUAAAUGUGUUUAAUACUA